GGGGCAGUCGUUGCAUCAGGAUCCGAUAAAGCUUCAGACUUUUUAUCGAUUGUGCCAACGUCGAGAAGCGCAUCGACAACCACACCAACACCACCACUCUGCACCAGAUUUGCUUCGUAGCCAGCAGAUCGCUAGUCCAGCACCUACUCAAAUCCAUCGUUCUCGCCCGAAGCAACGGUCAUCCCACGCAGCUCUCACCGAAACCGCCACCAUGGACUCGGAAACCGUCAAGCUCGAGGUCAUCAAGCAGGUGCGGACGCAGUAUGCCAUGGAGAAUGCGCGCCAGCUGAUUGACAAAAUCAACGACCACUGCUUUGCCAAGUGCGUUCCCAAGCCCAGCACAUCCCUCUCGAGCGGCGAAUCGACAUGCUUUACGCAGUGCAUGGAGAAGUACAUGUCGGCGUGGAACCAGGUCAGCAACACGUACAUCACCCGGUUACAGAAGGAGGCGUAGACAGAUCACCGUACGGUCACCAUAUUCAGUUCUCGACUGUUCAAAAUGGGACGGGCUCGGUGGAGAACAAGUUGCGAUUCGAAACCUACAACGGGCGGCGAAGCAGCAGCAACGGAUGGCCGCUCGUCAUAUCUUCUGUACGAUAUGUAGAGGGAAAGGUAACGGCACGCGAGCCAACGGAAUGAGCUUGUACACCAUGUAUAGUAUAGACAGAAAUCUAUCGCCAUAACGAAUUAAAGCCGUUGGAGGGGUUGCUUCUCUUCCCGAGCCUUUCUUG